GCGCAGCUUCGCAAGGACAACAUCGACGUUGACGGCACCAUCGACGCCAGGUACAAGGCCAAGAAUACUCAGGUCAAGAACUACGCAGUCAAGAACUACGACCGCGACAAUCAAGCGGCUCAAAAGAUGCAAGCAUUGGAAGAGGAGAUUACGCCUACCAAGUCCUUGCCAGUGGAAGAUGGCAGCCCGGUCGUGGAGCAGGUGACACCAACGUCACAAGAACCGUCCCAGUCAUCGCGGGAAGUGCCCAACAAGCGCAGACGUCUUCAGCGCAGAGAGUCGAAGAAGCAACUCGAGCAGAUGAUCCAUGAGCCCCACAACAUCCUCAAGCACACUGGGCAGGAUCCUCCUACAAGUAUGACCUCCAUCAAAACGUGGGUCACCAACAUCAAGAAGACUCCAGCACACAAACAAAUGGCGAUGGAUCAGCACAUGCAGCAGAUGCACCAAAUCUUGGAGGAGGGCAAGUUCAACAAAGGUCAACUGCAAGGCUACCACAUCAAGAAAGUCUGGAACCUUCCGCAGACUACAGAGAUGAGAGCUGUGCCUGAACUCUACACAUAUAGCAAAUUCACACAUCCGUGCGCGGUUUCUGGCAAGUUCAAGUUUCCCAAGCUCAACAAUGCGGGAUACGCAGAGAUUGACAAGGAAGCAGCAUUUUGCUACAUCGGGUCCACCAACCUCACGCGCAGUGACCGCAAGAGAGAAUACAAAAGAGUCGCACAACUUCGACAACUUCAACAACAGAAACUUCCCAAAACAGAGAUCGCAAUUCGCUACUGGAAUGACACCAAGUCCUACGAGCAGUUCAGCACAAUCCUGUUUUCGCAGCAUUCGGCGUAUAUUGAUGCAUGGGCUGAAGAGCAUUGUCUUCUACAACGUUGGCAGCCCAAGCUGAACUACCCCUUUGUCACGAAAGAGCUGGUUAAAAAAGCUCAUGGCUUGGUACCAAAGCGACAACAACCUCACGCGCAAAGACCACCAGACUCACUUGCAACAAUAUUCGAAAAGAUUCGUCGCCGCGUUCAAGGACAAAAACGUCAGCUACUCAACGUGAUACCAAAGCAAGCACAAUUUUGGAAGCUCCUCUGCUACGCCAUUUCCAGCGACACCAAGCAAGAGUACGACGCCUCACGAGAACUCCGAAGUGGCAAGCACGACAUGGCAAGCACGACAAUGAGACAAUCACCGCAUCCACCUCCAGUUGAGUUCCUCCAGGGGCAAUUGCGCCAUCAUCAAUGCCAGUUGGAACAAGAACCUCGACUGACGCAUAGAUUAGUCAAGCACAUCAUUUCCAUCAUCCCCGACGACUACAUCAUCCACAAUGAGGAUCACGCCAACGCGUCACCAAAGCACUACCCAAAACUAUUGUCCUACGACAAGCCCAUACCGUAUGGCUACAUCAUGAUGAAGCGGAAAGAGAGCUGGAGCAAAGGCCGGACGAUCAUCGCCUACGCAAACACAUGCGUCGGCAAGCUCCUCAAGAUUGCAGCGUUGGCACUGCAGCAAAUGCUCAACAUCGCCUGGCCUGCACAUUUCGGCAAUGUCAGCACGCCAGAGCUAUGGAGCGAGAUCCACCUAUUCCUCAGCAACAACGAGCAACACCUGAGUUUCCUCAAUCAUGAUCUGGUGGGGUUCUUCAAUUCUAUACCCCAGGCUGACAUCAUGCAGAGCAUCCAAUUCCUCACCUCCGAGUUCCUGGACAAGAACAAUUUACGGCACCCUCCUGGUAGAUCCGCACAACAAGAUUAA